AUAAAAUAAAAAGAACAGAAAAAAAACAAAAGAACUUUCUGGUUCGCGACGGACGACAUUUUUGUUUGCGGCAAGUGAAAAAUUGUGUGAUCCUAGAAAUUCUUCCAGAAUCUGUGAUUUUUCUUUCCAUUUCCACUCUCUGCUGAUCGAAAAGUGAACAGGAAACAAUGGCCUGCCCAAUUGAUCCUGCGGAUCUAGUUAAGCUAGAGCAAUUCGUCACAUUGUGUGCCGGCCACCCGCAGUUAUUGAAUCUACCUCAGCUGGCCUUCUUCAAGAACUUUGUAGAAAAGCUUGGAGGCACUGUGCCUACCGGGAUGCCGAGCUUUGGAGCUAACGCUCCUAAAUCGGAUGCCAAAGAGGAAAAACCGGCACCGGCAGCGGAAGAAAAGGUGGAAUCGGAGCCGGAAUCUGAUGUUGAGCUGGAUAUGGAGGGUUGCGUAGAGGGUGACACAGAUCCGGACCAGCCUAUGGGUGACAGCAACAAAGAAUCAACCGAAGAGGAACUGGACAAAGCUUCCGAUCUUCGUUCCAAGGCAGCCGAGGCGUUUUCGGAUCAGAAAUUCGAUGAAGCGGUUCAACUUUUUACCGAAGCCAUCCUUCUCAAUCCGAACAGUGCCAUGUACUACGCCAAACGUGGUCAAGCAUUCCUCAAGCUGACUAAGCCAAACGCCUGUAUUCGGGAUUGUUCCCGUGCCCUGGAAAUAAAUCCGGAUUCGGCAACUGCUUACAAAUUCCGGGGACGUGCUUACCGAUUGCUGGGUAAAUGGGAAGAAGCCGCCAAGGAUCUGCGUCAGGCUUGCAAGUUGGACUUUGACGAACAAGCUGACGAGUGGUUGAAGGAAGUCACGCCUAACGCAACCAAAAUUGAGCAACACAAGCUGAAGCAGGAACGCCGUCGUCAGGAGAAGGAACUUCAGGAGCGGAAGGAACGUAUCCGCAAGGCUCAGGAGGCCAAUCGUAAGGCUGCCGAGGAAAACGCCCGCAACGCAGAUGACGACAGAUUUGGUGGAACCGGUGGUCUUGGAGGCGAUGCCGAUGAAAUCCUCAAUGCUUUUAAAGAUCCCGAAGUUGCGGCGGCUUUGCAGGACAUCAUGAGCAAUCCUGCCAGCAUUGGCAAAUAUCAGAACAACCCGAAGGUGAUGAAUCUGGUCACGAAGAUGGCAAUGAAAAUGGGCGGCGAAGGUGGGGCUGGCGGUUUCCCCGGAUUCCCAGGCGCGGGUGGAUUUCCCGGGUUCCCGGGAGCGGGUGGAGCUGGAUUUAACGCUGCACCACCAAGUGGAGGCGGCGCCGGCGGUGGCCCUAAAUGUACCGAUGAUCUAGAUUAGAGACGAGUUCGAUUUGCGCGAGUAUGAUUGCAUUUUUGUUGAGGUUUUGAUGGAUUUAUUGCGUCUUCUGUUAUGACGGAAUCGAAACACUUUGUGAGCGAACAAAAAUCCUCACAUUUUCUGCUACAUGGUUACACUAAAAAAAUACAAUAAUAAAACGAUACUACAAAUAUAAUUUCCUUGCUAAACUAUCCAAGAUAUCUUGUCAGUUAGAGAGUACAAUAAAGCACUGCUAGUGUAAAAAUUAAAA